AUGACUGUGACUAUUUUUCUUUCUUAUUCCUCUCUUGUUUGUUGGUCAGUAUUCAGCUUUAACUUAAUCCAACUAAGAAAACAAGGAGAAACAAUGCCUCCAAAGCGCAAUAGAGUGCAAGGUGGCAAUGCCAAGAGUCGAGCGUCUGCCGUGCCACAGGGAGAUCGUCGGAGGAGAGCGAGGUCGGAAUUUGAGGGCGACACGGAUCAACCCGCUGCGACACACAUAAGAGUGGAGGAGGCGCGGCGACCACAGUGGACCAUGAGAAGCACUGUAGAGGACAUUCUGCUGAAGGGGGGCACUAACAUGGCCGACAUGAAGCUGAAUGAAUUCAUUCGGAGCUACUUGGGCGAGGAGUGGGUUGUGGAAAGAAAUGGGAACGUCGCUAUGGAGGCGUUUGUUCAGGAUCCCGAGACGUUUAUCAAAAAGAAAAGGUUAUUAAGCACAAUAAAGGCAUUGCCGUCAUACCAAGUGCUGGAGGCUAUUAAUAAGCUUAAUCACGAGGGUGUGCACUUUCUCGAGCAAUGGAAGGACUAUGAAGGAAAGGACACGGUCACUCUACUUGUAUGUGAAAAACUAAACGGAGUUCUCAUUCAGGUACUGAGAGAAGAACGGCUUGAGGCGGAAGAAAGGGCAGUGCGUGAGGAACAUGUAGGAUUUACCCUAACUACUACGAUCAGAGGUGUGCUAUUUAAAGGAAGAGUUCGCUUCAUGGACAUAAAGCUGAAUGAUUUUCUUACGCUGGAAAUGGAAGGCAGAGGCAUUUUGCACGCCAAUCGGAAUGUAUUACUGAGGGAUUUUUUCAGUGAUCCCACGAGGUAUAUCCCUGAUGCGAGAGUAUUGGUCGAAGUACAGAAAAAAGGUUAUUAUCUGAGUUUGGAGAGCACUGUACGGGAGGAAAUGGAUUUGGAAGAAGAUGUACGCAAGCUUCAUCACGGGGGUGUGGACAGUCUAUUUGGAUGGUCAAGAGCUGCUGAGGGGGUAAAAGCAAGUGUUCGCGGCAACACUAAAAACUCAUUGGAUGCAGCCUUUGAGGUGGCGAGGAUCAUAACGACGACGAGUGCAGCGAUGAAACUGGAGGGAUUGUACGAGUCUGUGUACAAUGCGAGUUGGCAUCAUGUGGUGGAAAUUCCUGGUGGCGAGGGGACCGGAAUGGAGGUGAAGGAGGGGGAACCACCGCAGUCAUGGACGUACAAGGAAGAUGGCAACACCCUCGAAAAGGAUGACGGUGUGGAGCAAUCCGGUGAAGCACCUCCCGUGCUGAUGGUGCUCACCUCGGACAAGGGAUGGCCGUACACGAUGAAUUUGCUGCAUGGGACUGGUAAUGACUUGUGUGUUAACUGCGAGGUGGAGCGAGCGUGGCAGAUCGUCAAGGGCGAUCUAACUAAGUGGUUCAGCACUUUUCAUUUGACUCUCAAUCCUUCACCUUUGCCGCGUGUGUUGAUUGGGACGCCCGGGAUCGGGAAGUCGAUGAAUGCCGGCUCGUACCUCCUUUACCAGCUGCUGCACUACGAUGUGGAAAAAAUCCAGGUGGUUGCCCACUGUUUUGGAAGUGUGAUGUACGUGUUUGACAAGACCGCCAAAACCGUGUCAAAAUACGUGGGUAGUGAAAUAUCCAUCGUUGUUUUGGGUGGUUUGUGGCAGUGUGGGAUGAAAGGGUAUAUUAUCUACGACGUGGCAAAGAAAGGAACACCGCCCGACACAGGUUUUGCGCCCUCCACCGGAUGGGGCAUGAUUGUGGUGUCAUCGCCAAAGUUAACCAACUAUGAUGAGUGGGAGAAGCAAGCAGGAGCCAGUCGAAUCGUAAUGAAUUGCCCCGACGAGAUGGAUGUGAAGGCGAUGUGUACAUGGAUGAAGCGAGGUCUGGAUAAAGAUGAGCAAGCGGGAUACUGGAAGAAGGUCAAAAAACGCAUGAAGAAAGUGGGGCCGAUUCCACGCCACGUCUUUGAUGAGGAUAAAUAUAUUAUUCGCUUGGGUGCCGUUAAUGCUGCUUUGGUAGCAAUCAAGGAUAUUGAUGUUGGAGAGUACUUUACCCUGGGAGAAGAGAAAGAAUGGUAUUCCAAGAAUCCGUCUCACAAGCUCGUGAAGAUUGUCCGGGCAAGAACAAAAAAAGGUGUUGAGGUAUUUCUCAACGCAUCAAUAAGUGCUGAUGUCGGGCUUCGACUUGCGGACCGUUUGGCAAAGAAAAUGGCUACGAAGGAUAUUUUGUUGCUAAUAUUGGGAUCGCGUGGUGCUCUUGCUUCCCGAGCUCUGGAACAAUUAGGUUUGCGCGCCUUCAUGUAUGGGGAGCUUGUCAUUGCAAUAUUAGAGGGACUCAAGGAGCUGCCGCCACCAUCGCCUUCCAAACCACAGGAUUCAGUGCUGAAGUUAAACCAUCAAGGGUACCCCACGCGCACCGUUGGAUUAAAGGAACUGGAAGGCGGUGUCACGAGGAUUCCGAUGGAGUACGGGGUGCUGUACCUACCGGCGGUUGAAAACUUUCCGCUGGUGGACGGCUUUUUCUUUGUGAAUUCGCCGCGGAAGACGCUGGUUGGGCUGCAGAUGACUACGGCGAGUGCGCACCACACGAUAACCAGCACCGUGAAGCAGUUCACUGAGCGCCUAUCGGCAUAUUUUGAAGGUUGGGAGGAGUUAUCCCGAGACAUGUCGUGGGAGAUGAUUUAUAUACAGCACGAAAUCAGCAAAAAGAUAACAAAAUGGCAGAAAUGUAAUUACGUCAAUCCAAAGAAUAAAACCGACGCUGAAAAAAA